AUGUCAAGUAUCAAAGCGAGCAGUGAAGCUGCGGCCCAAAAAUCGGUCGUAAAAGCACCUGGGAAUGCCCCACUGAUGGUGCAGACUGCGCCUGCUCCUGCGGUGAACGACGCCGGCGGGGUCACCUUCGACGUACCUGAAGAUGCGAGGAGCACCGUUGGAAACGCACGAGGAUCGUCAUCUUCAAGUGGAAGAGAAAGAGGCUCGUCGAGUCAAGAAGAGGACCGCACCACGACCAGUAGGCUGAUGGGAUCGACAUUGGAAAUGGGCGCGGAAGAUGCCAAAGCCGCGAGGCUUCGAGCAUCAGGAGGAGUUGCCCAGCGGAAGAUGAAGACGGUAGUGCAACUCUGGGGAGAGACACAACGCACGUUGGCGUACGGCAACCCGCAGCCUCGCCACUCCAGCGGCAGCAGCCCGCAGCUUCAAUGUUGCGUCCUCUUCUUCGCGUUCGUUGGUGGCAUUUACUUAUUACAGUAUUUGCUGAGGACGAUGCCACACGACUGUCCGAUGCAGUUGCAGCAGUGUCUCCAUUUGGGUACGUCGGCGAGGGAAAAUGUUGUGUGCGAAGUACCUGCUGGGUUGCAUGAUAGCGUGGUCUACGCACGCCGUUGUAGCAACGGGGCAACUGGUAUUCUUUUCCACUGCAUGGACAAGCGCUACGACCUUUGCGGCCGGAAACCCCGGGAACUACGGUGGACAUGGGACGACGGAAUUCCCGUCGAAGACAUGCCUGGCUCUCCUGAAGCAGACACGGGGCAAGAAGCGACGGCCCAACAGAUACGAUGA